AGCAUUCUCUGAGGUGGUUCUGGCAGAGGAGAAGCGGACCCAAAGAUUGGUGGCCAUCAAGUGCAUCCCCAAGAAGGCGUUAGAGGGCAAAGAAAACAGCAUCGAGAAUGAGAUCGCAGUCCUGCACAAGAUUAAACACGCCAACAUUGUUUCUCUGGAAGAAAUAUUUGAGAGUAAAUCACACCUCUACCUUGUCAUGCAACUGGUGUCUGGUGGGGAAUUGUUUGACCGCAUCAUAGAGAAAGGCUUCUACACAGAAAAAGAUGCCAGUAAGCUCAUCCAGCAGAUUCUGGAUGCUGUCAAAUAUCUCCAUGACAUGGGAAUCGUCCACCGAGACCUCAAGCCAGAGAACCUGCUCUACGACAGCAUGGACCAGGACUCCAAAAUCAUGAUCAGCGACUUUGGCCUGUCUAAAAUUGAGGGCUCCGGCAGUGUGAUGUCCACAGCCUGCGGAACUCCUGGAUAUGUCGCCCCGGAGGUUCUGGCACAGAAACCCUACAGUAAAGCAGUGGACUGCUGGUCAAUCGGAGUCAUUGCCUACAUCCUGUUGUGUGGCUUCCCUCCGUUUUACGACGAGAACGACGCCAAACUGUUUGAGCAGAUCCUGAAGGCAGAAUACGAGUUUGAUUCUCCUUACUGGGAUGACAUCUCAGAUUCAGCGAAAGACUUCAUCGUCCACCUGAUGGAGAAAGACCCCGGCGUACGCUACACCUGCGAGCAGGCCCUGCAGCACCCGUGGAUUGCCGGGGACACGGCGCUGGACAAGAACAUCCACGAGUCCGUCAGCGCGCAGAUCAAGAAGAACUUUGCUAAAAGCAAGUGGAAGCAAGCAUUCAAUGCCACGGCAGUGGUCCGCCACAUGAGGCGUCUUCAGCUGGGCACCAACCAGGACGGACCCCACCAAGCGAACCUGCCGAGCCCGUGUCGAGAUCACCGACUGCUGCCGGGAGAGGACCCUCAACUUGCAGAGUCUUGCUGCGAGGCGGGCUGCUCCCAGGCCGUGGACGGGGACGGCGUGGACCCUCUGUCCAACUGCAGCUACCGCUGCCACCCGACUAGUCGGGUGUGAUCCCUGCGCCGCCUGACUGCCUCAUUGACCCCAGUGAUUUUUUUCCAUUUUUUAACCCCCUCGGUGGAACCGGAGGUAGCCACUCCCACGUCUCCCCGUCACGUCCCGGUUGGGAGUACGCCGUGGUUCCAACCUGUCUCCUGCAGGGGGAGCGAGUCUGUCCAGCCUGGGAAGGGAGGCAGGAAUGGAAAGAUGGUGACGGCUAUGACGACUUGUCGUGUGGGAGUUUGUGCAAAAGCAAGGUGGGGAAGAUUGUUUAUUUCUGAAGCGGGACAGAGCUGAGACAAUUUAAAUGCGGCCUGCGCUAUUGUGGCUAUUUGUUUCGUGCAUGAUCAGGAGAGGAAGUCCCCGAGCAUGUUUUCUUAUCUUCUCAAAUAUCUCCUGCUUUUUCGUAUUGGAUGGAAGCCUUUGAAUGUACCACACCCGACGGAAGGACCGCAAAGUGAGCACAGAUCUGUCCGAGAAGACAAUCGGUGACCUUUAUGCAAAACUCCAUCGUUAGCAUGUAGCCUUUUAUGAAAUGGUGUUUCCGUGCAGCUGUGGAAAAGGCUUCCCCUUUCCGCUUCCUCUCGACCUCUUUAACCGCGCCAGCGCAGGGAUCUCAUCUUCGUCUACGGUGCCUUUAGUGUGCGAAGGGUUUAUCGUCACGCGGGUUGUCUUUCUGCACAAUCCUCCGUAUGUUUUGUAAUAAUCACGUUUGUAGCUUUGCCCGCCAGAGGCUAGUUUGACCUUUGUUUUUAAAUAUAGGCUGAUUUUUUAUGUUUUAAGCCUAAAGAUAAAUAAUGUGUGGAUGCAAAAAACAAAAACAAAAAAAGAUACAUACAUGCAUCUGUCGCUGUGUACUGUAACUAUCCUGCCAUCUUUUCCUCUUACGUUCUUCACUCUUUUUCUGAAAUAUGCAUUUAUUUUUAUGUGGAAAAGAAUCUUGCAGUGUAAAUGGUUAAGUACCGUAUUUUCCGGACUAUAAAGCGCACCGGGUAUAAGCCGCACCCACCAAAUUUUAGAAGAAGUACAUAGUUUUAAAUGUAUUAGCCGCACCUGACUAUAAGCCGCACAUAUAUACUGGUAGGAAAUGUCCUGUAAAUGUUUAUUUACAUACCUUAAUUGUUUCCAAACGGAGUCUGUAACAGGGCAGUAAAACGGAUGAUCAAACAAAACAGAAGUCAUCGUCAAAGCUAGCUCUCCAAUCUGUUUUGGUGAAUUUACUAAGGAAUUUGUGAAACUGAAACAGUACAAAAAGAAUGCCAUUGUAAAGUUAAUAUUACUAACACAGACACUCGUAAAAGUGUUAGCGUGUUAGCUUGAUUACAUUACAAUAGCAUGUACAAAUAUGCAUGAAAACACUCCUACAGACAUCACACAUGGGACGCCUUAGUAAGCAAUAAAUGUGUUAGUUAUAUUGUAAAACUUACAAAGCUUGCUUGGAGUGAUCAAUGAGGAAUCCAUACGCAUUGUAACGCUAUGAACUCCACGGUGACAUUUUGGUGAAUUUACAAAACUGAAACGAUACAAAAAGAAUGCCGUUAUAAGUUAAUAAUACUAACACAUACACUCAUAAAUGUGUUAGCAUAUUAGCUUAUGCUAACGACGCUCACUUGAUUACAUUACGAUAGCAUAUGCAUAAAAACACUGCCACAGACAUCACACAUGGGACGGUUUAGUAAGGAAGAAUUGUUUUAGUUAUAUUGUAAAACUUACAAACGUUGCUUGGAGUGAUGAAUGAAGAAUGCAUAUGAGUAGGAAUGCUAUGGAUGAUUUAACUUCCGGUUCAAGGCAUGAAACAGGAAGUACAUUUGUAACCCGCAGCAACCUGCAGUAAGCGACCUCGUCCAAAAGAUGGCGCCGUAGCACAAACAAUAACACACCUUUUUAGUGUCUCUGUUGGUAUAAUAUGGAAACUAUUUGGUAAAAACAAAACUUAGAAAAACGAAGAAAACCCCAUAAAUUAGCCGCGCCGUUUUAUAAGCCGCAGGGUUCAAAGUGUAGGGGAAAAGUAGCGGCUUAUAGUCCGGAAAAUACAGUAAGUUAUUAAGCUCUUGUGCACGUAUAUCUGUGUUGUAAUACUUUAAAAUGGUACGAAUGCUCUAGAUCAGUGGUUCUCAAACCUUUUUCACCAAGUACCACCUCAGUAAACAUGUGGCUCUCCAAGUACCACCAUAAUGACCAACAUUAAAAUACAGUAGCGUAGUAGGCCUAAGUAUUUAUUAAAAACAAGACAAAGGUUUUAUUUGACAAGUAAAUAUAAUAUGUUUGGCCACUGUAACAUCACACACAGUUUGAACAAUAACACUGUGUUUGGAUAUUUAAUUAAAUUAUUUUGUCGUAGCACUGGUGGUACACGCACCACAGUUUGAGAAUCACUGAAUCACAAUAAACACCUGUGGUACUCAUGUGGCAGUGUGCAAAUGAACUGUGACCCAUAAUGGUUGGAGAACUACCAUGGAACCUCUCAAGUGGGACACCCUCAAAAGUGGUACAAGUCCAAGUUCAAACAAAAAACUAACAAAAAAAACCCUCAAAGCUAACUUGGAGUUCAAUUCAUAAUCAUUGGUGCCAUCUGCAAAUCACAUUAGACUUCAAAUAUUACAGAGUUUCUAUAGUUACCUGCACAAGCAAUACCUAUAAAUCGAUUUGGUUUAAUCGUUUAAGAAUCAUUACAAGUAAGAGUCGCGAUUCAUUCGUAAAAAAAAAAAUGUUGAUACCCCUAGAAGUUAGGGGCUGGAGAGCCCUAUUUCGUUUCGGGUUUUUGAGGCCCUCAACAUGAACAAAAACUCAUUAAUUUUUGCAAGCGCUUUUAGUCUGGCGAUAUUUUUGGAGUACCUAAAAACAACAUUUCAAAAUUGACUCUAUGGCGCCCCCUUAAUAUAUAUAUAUUUUUUUUAAUAUAAGCCCCUGCCGCUAGAUUCACGUGACGUCACAAAAAUUCCUGGAGAAGUCCAUCAUGACAGGACGCACGUAAAAGUCUCACAAACCCAUAUUUGAAAACAAACAGGAAAUCAGCCAUCUAGGCUACCGUCUGCCAUUUUUCGGCUAAAAACAGGGUUUUUACUUCAACAAACUCCUCCUCGGGACUUUGACUAAAUAAGCCGCGAUUGGAAUGACAGACACUAGACAGAUGGGCGAUGAUAAAUUGCGAGGGAGUUCCGUCGACGCUAUAGGAUGUGGCCGUGGCAUGGCGCCAAAAUUAGAUCUGAUGGUUCGCCUGUCUAUCUGUGUUGGCCCUGUGAUGAGGUGGCAACUUGUCCAGGGUGUACCCCGUCUUCCACCCGAAUGCAGCUGAGAUAGGCUUCAGCACCCCCCGCAAACCUGAACGGGAAAAGCGGUAGAAAAUAGAUGGCUGGAUGGGUUUGCCACAAAACUUUCAACAUUUAUUACUCAGCUCCACAAAUUCAGAUCUUGAUCGGAAUUGGUACACAUGAGACACCCAAAAGUGCCAUACGGGACUCGGUACCUAGUCGUAUCCAUCGGUAGUGGGCGGAGCCUGGCGGCAAAAACUUCUCCACAACCAUCAAACUGUCUUUACCCCACUUAAGAUGAUCAGAACUACCAAUAUCGCCCCCUUGUGGUGGAAAAUGUUAAUGGUCUUAACUUCCCUUCACAUGUUCCAAUCUUCCUGAGAUUUUGGAUGGUGGGUCUGAGCACUGGGAAGGACUUGACUGCAUUCUACUUGAUUUAGUUGCAAAAUAUUUAAUGGGUUACUACGAAUGUAUUUAUUUGCUUGUGUAUGUUUUUUAAAAAUUGCGUCUUAACACAAGAAAUGUGAACAACUUGGAAUUUUACAGAACGGCUUGUGUAUGACUUUGGAGGUUCCACUGUAAGUUGUCGCACACAUGAAAAAGUCUUAACUUAAUGGCACCGCUUUAAGAUAUAUAGAUGUAUACAUUUUUCACGGUAUAUGUUUAAGCUUUACUCUGCAUUUCUGUAGGAUAACUGGUCGUGUAGUCGGACUGCAACUGUGAAGUUGUUCAACUGUAACUUUUCAGGGUUUCCCAGUGAUUCAGUCAAUAUGGUGUUUGAAAAUACUCAACUGGCGACAUUUCCUUGAUAGACCACAUGGAUUAUUAACAACUCGGGAUGGGAAUAGCUAAGAGUUUUCCAGUUCCGGUUCCACUUUUAGUUCUGCUUAAAGAUUCGGUUCCUUAACGGUUCUCUUAUCGAGUCUUAUUCGGGAAAAAAAGGGUGGAAAUUGGUGGAUUAGCCUAAAUUAGGUCGGGUUUAAAGGUAACAUGACCUUACAGAGCCUACAGUGAGGUCACAUACGUAGCUUAGAAGAAAAAUUUUUAACUUUCCUCUGACUACAUUGAGCGUUCACCUACCGGAAAUCAGAAGCACUGUGGCAAAAUUGUGCAAGCUUUUGACCACAACCCAAAAUAUUGAAAGAGCCAUAUUGGACCAAAAUUACAAAAACGAAUCUGUCUGGAGCCGCAAAAACUUAAAAGCCUUAUAUAAAUGUUAUAAUGAAGGCAACACAUGAUGUAAGUGUCUAUAUUAGCUAUAUUAGCCUCCUAUAAAAAUGGCUGACACAGAUAUUAUUUAUUGUACACAUUUUUACAACAUUGGAAAACAUUAGUAAAACGGAGGCUUCUCAGAGGGUGAGAUAACUCCUGGAAAUGACUGUCUUAGAGAGGCCAAAGGUAUAGAUGUGUGUGUCCAAGUUAAAAGAAAUGUCAGGCUGUCUUCUUCUAGUGGAUUUAUUACACUCUUUGCAAGCUUUUCAAUCUUUGCUGUGGUCUGGAACAACAUGGCACACAAACAACUAUCAGAAAUGCAGCCAAUAUUACAUAUAGAUAAUGUGUCAUGAGACAUGCAAAUAUAGAUUAAAUACACAGAGGACAUUAGUAAAGGAAAUUAAAUGAGCUCAAAUAUACCUAAAAACGAGGCAUAAUGAUGUAAUAUGUACAUACAGCUAGCCUAAAUAGCAUGUUAGCAUGGAUUAGCUUGCAUCAACAUAAAAAAAACUCACCUUUGUGUAUUCACGCACAGCACAAAAUGUUUGGUGGACAAAAUGAGACAAAGACGGAGUGGCAUAAAACACGUCUUUCUGUGGCAGUGUCGGAGAAAGUUGUACAUGUAAACAAACUACGGUGAGUUCAAUGACCGCCGAAAUUAGUAGGAAAAAACGCGGCUCGCCAAAUACUCUCAUCAGUGAAGCAGGUUUAAUAUAAACAGUGGGAUUUCUAGCAAUUAGGAUAGGUUGGGUCAUGUUUGUCCUUCUAGAGAAACAAUAUUAAAACAAAAAAAUUAUUUUUUCCCUCAUCUUUUUCCAUUUUCACACAUUUUUUAAAAAGCUUCAGUGAGCCACUAGGGUGACGCCACCAUAUUGUGAUCAGAACCGUUAAGAGAACCGCUUGACAAAAAAAGCGAGCCGUUUUGAGGAAUUGAUACACGUUCAAUUCCCAUCCCUAUUAACAACGAAAGACUCUCUCUGACUGUUCUGAACUUCUGUUUCCGUGCACGUUGAGCAGGAUAAACCACUGCAGUCGCCAACGUGCUUGAAGACGCCAAAUUGACCCGAUUUUGAUUGAUAAAUGGAAUGACUAUCUAAAAAUGAGAGGUCAUCAGAAAGGGAAACUGUAAUAAAUGUUCUGACUGUGCUUGUUGGAAAGUCGUCCAAACCGCCCUGAGAACAUUCCUGGUCAUGAAGCAAUCAAUAACCACGUAGCCAUGACCUCACCGCUCGAGUCUGCGGUAGGAAAGUCGACGGACAGGAAGACGUUUUUACAAAUAUUUGUAUUCUUUCGGGGCGGAAAAGAGGUAAACAGCGUCCUCCUACUUCGGGUUUACAUUUCAAGGAUUUGUCGUGCAAAAGAGUGAGUCAUGAAAUAUGUCGCCUUUUUCUUUCAACGGUGUUUUGAGCUGUACACAGAGAUGCAAUGCAUCGUGGGCUGUGGGAAAAGUGGCUGUACGUGAAACACAUUAAACUGGUCUAUGCAGUAUACUUUUGGGUUUUUGUAAAGUUUGAAGAUUUGUUUUAUGUCAUUUAAAUAUGUAAGCUAUAAAAAAAAACAUCCGAAAUGUUAAAAUAAAUUAAAUGUAGCGGUGAAAGUUCAAUAAUAAGAUUGUUUAAAUCAAAUUAAGAAAGUCGGAGACAGGGGUGUCCCACUUGACGCCGCAGAGUGCUACCAAAUUAAUCCUAAAAGCUACAUAUUUGCUGCCAUCUUGUGGACAAUGUGAGUCAAUCAGAUCAAUGACCCUUGAAAGUAUUCAAGGCAGAAUUGCACAGCAUUUACUUAAAUUACACAAUCCAAACAACCUUCCCUAGUCAUGGUCCGAACAAAAAAAAAAACUAACGUAAUAAUUAACACACAUGGUCACUGAACUUUGCAGGACGUUAUGAAAAUCGUCCAGACACCAUAACACAUUUCGGAAUUACACCCGUCUAAAUCCGUUAUAGUGCAUGAUAGGAAACAUGUAAAACGCUCUCUCCACACUUAUCCAUGUUUGCCACAUUUUAGCUGCUUGACAUUUUUUAUUCAUUAUAAAACUUUAAGAAGGUCGUCAAGGUAGGAAUCGAACUUUCACCUACUCAUAAUUUCCAAUUAUAUUAAUUAUACAUCCAUUAUAUUAAGAUAAUAUGUACACACACACACGGUAAAUGGGUUAUACUUGUAUAGCGUUUUUCUACCUUCAAGGUACUCAAAGUGCUUCAACACUAUUUCCACAUUCACACAUUCACACACUGAUGGUGGGAGCUCCCAUGCAAGGAGCAAGGGUGAAGUGUCUUGCCCAAGGACACAACGGACGUGACUAGGAUGGCGGGAAUUGGGAUCGAACCUGGAACUCGAAGGUUGCUGGCAUGGCCGCUCUACCACCCGAGCCUC